GGCAACUGGGGACAGGCUCCGUUACCCAGAACUGAGACAGGGAAGCAGAACAGAGACUACAAGGACCUUACAGAAGACAGAAUAUUACAUACCCAAAAGGUACCAGGUGCAAAGAAAAGCCAUUUUCAAUACACCUAAAGUGCAUGAAAGCAACAGACAGGAAUGUCCCAUGCUGGGGGUUUUUGCUCCAAGAACAACCCAGAAAGCAAAAAGCCUUAUGAGACACCAGCACUCUCUGAGCUGCAGAGGCUGGUAUGGAACAGAGGAGGUUCUGACAAUCAUGUGGACCAAGUGUGGCCAAACCUCUACCUUGGAGAUGCAUGGGCUGCUAGAAGGAAAACGAUUCUUCAGAGCCUUGGCAUUACUCACAUCCUCAAUGCGGCAGAUGGGCCAUACAACAUCAAUACAGGAGCUCGAUAUUACAGAGACCAGCCAAUUCAGUACUAUGGGGUGCAAGCAUUUGAUGACACCUCCUUUGAUAUAAGCAUCUUUUUUAAUGAGGCUGCUGAUGUCAUACACAAAGCCUUAAACACUGGUGGAGGCAAGAUGUUUGUCCACUGUGCUAUGGGAUUAAGCCGCUCAGCCACCUUAGUUCUGGCUUAUUUGAUGAUCUAUGAAAACUUGACACUUGUGGAGGCCUUAAAAACAGUGGAUUCACACCGAGGCAUCUGCCCAAACACAGGGUUCCUCAGCCAGCUCCGUGUCCUGGACAUCAAAUUAAAUAGUGAAAGAAAAGCUGCCCCAGACCUCUGAGAAAGAGGUUGUGAAACAACAUUGCAAAGACAGGAUUGCUCUAGCACCAUUUCAUCGAUAUGAAAUAAUAAUUUAAACAGCAAAACCAGAACUUCUGCAUCUGGACUAUCCCAUAUGGCUGCUGCUGCUGCUGUGCCUGUGCUCAGCUUGGUGACUGGCAGAUAAGCUUUGUGGUGGUUGUUGGUUCCUGUCUGCCUCCUGAUGUCUUGGAGACAUUGAAGCAGCUCUUUAGGACCGCUUUAAGUUCUUGAUGAUGUCUUUUGGAAUUUAUUUAUUUAUUUACUUACACAGCCAGACAGGUGUUAUUGACUGGUUUGUUUUAUCCAGACAUUGAGUCCUUCCCAAGGACCUGGGAUGGCUGAAUUUUAUUGUCAAUUGUUAUAGAUAUCGUCGCAGAAUAUAGGCUGUUCCCAGUAAAGUUGCUCUUUGUAAUUGGCUGAUGGUGAUUUCUGUGGCCCCUAUGGUGUUGAGGUGCUCUUAGCAAUAGCAAUAGCACUUACAUUUAUAUACCGCUCUAUAGCCGGAGCUCUCUAAGCAGUUUACAAUGAUUUAGCAUAUUGCCCCCAACAUUCUGGGUACUCAUUUUACCGACCUCGGAAGGAUGGAAGGCUGAGUCAACCUUGAGCCCCUGGUCAGGAUCGAACUUGUAACCUUCUGGUUACAGGGCGGCAGUUUUACCACUGCACCACCAGGGGCUCCUCUUCAAGGUCUUUUGGAACUGCACCCAGGGCACCAAUUACCACUGGGAUUAUUUUAGUCUUUUUCUGCCACAGCCUUUCAAUUUCAAUUUGUAGAUCUUUGUAUUUUGUUGUUGUUAUUAAUUUGAUUUCUAUACCACUCUUUCAAAAAUGGCUCAGGGCGGUUUACACAGAGAAAUAAUAAAUAAAUAAGAUGGCUCCCUGUCCCCAAAGGGCUCACAAUCUAAAAAGAAACAUAAGAUCGACACCAGCAACAGUCACUGGAGGUACUGUGCUGGGGUAGAUAGGGCUAGUUAUUCUCCCCCUGCAAAUAAAGAGAAUCACCACAUUAAAAGGUGCCUCUUUGCCAAGUUAGCAGGGGUUAACAAUUUAGUUCUUUGUAGUUUAAUUAUUUGUUUAAUACAAAUAAUUAGUCGACAAAGCUAUUGAAAUACCAAUUCUAUUUGCAGCAUCCUACUUGUGUGAAUCAGAGUUUUCAGCAGUUACUACUAUAAAGAGCAAAUAUUGAAUUGAUAAAGAAUAAACUUGCAACCUGAAAUUAGAACAACAGUCUCAAACAUAAAGCCCAGUUUUCAAAAAACAAAGUAGGGGAGAGCAAGCUCAUCCUUCUAAUUGAAAAGAAAAUUGUGCUUUAUCUCUAUCUAAUCAAAUCAGUUAAUCGCGGCAGGGGGGCAUGCAACCUUAUAUAUUAUUUUAGAAGGCCACAGUAUCAAAUUGUUUGAGAACCCCUGCCAUAAAGAAUUCAGAUGAUGGGACUGAACUACAACUUCCUUAGCUGAUUAGGUAAAGUUCCAUAUCAAACAAAAAGUAAUAGUUUUACAUAGUAUAAAUUAGGGUUGCGCAUUUUGUAUUUUUUUCUGUUUUGUUUUUGGCCCGAAUCCAAAACACCUCCAUUUUGUUCUUUGUUCGAAAUCAGCCAAUCCGAAACACCCCAAUUUUGUUUUUUAUUCGAAAUUGCAAAAUCCAAAUCUGAAACAUUUUGGAUUUUAAAAAAUGGCCUCGGGGGAAAACUAGUGGGUGGGGGUGGUAGUGCCCGAUUGGUGGAAACUACCACCCAAGUUUCAGAGGAAUUGGGCAAAGGGCUGAUUUUGGGUGAAUUUUUGAAGUAUAGGAUUUUUCCCAUAGGGAAGAAUGGAGGUUUCAGCAAAAGUACAGCUUCAUGUUGGGGGGAAAGGGGUGGCCCAGAGCAGAGUAGGGUGGGUGGUAGUGUCCAGUGGGGGCAAGGAAGCUGCCAGAAGUAUUUCAAAGGAAUUGGGCAGAGGGCUGAUUUUUAAAGAUGUAAUGGAGUUUGCGCGUCCGUAAAGGUCUUCCCCAUAGGGAAUGAUGGACCUCCAUAAUUCCUGCCCCAUAACUGCACUUGAGGGGGCACCAGGGUGGCCCAGAGCGAGUGGUCGUA